AUGUCAAACGCCAAUGGGAAGGCUGCGACUGGGUUUCCGGAUAAAAUCUCGGCGAAGGCGAACCCGGAGGCCAGUGAAGCUACGGAUAUCGCCGGGAACAUCAUCUACCACGCCAAGUACAGUCCGCAUUUUUCUCCAUUAAAGUUCGGGCCGGAGCAAGCUCUCUACGCCACUGCUGAGAGCCUUCGCGAUCGUCUCAUUCAGCUAUGGAAUGAGACUUAUGUUCAUUUCAACAAAGUUGAUCCAAAACAAACAUACUACUUGUCAAUGGAGUAUCUCCAAGGUCGCGCCUUGACAAAUGCGAUUGGGAAUUUGGACCUUGGAGGUCCAUAUGCUGAUGCACUACGUAAGCUUGGUUACGAGCUUGAGGAGAUAGCUGAACAGGAGAAAGAUGCAGCUCUGGGAAAUGGUGGUUUGGGGAGACUCGCCUCGUGCUUCUUGGAUUCGAUGGCCACUUUAAAUUUGCCUGCUUGGGGUUAUGGGUUGAGGUACAGACAUGGGCUCUUUAAGCAACUAAUCACAAAGAAAGGCCAAGAAGAGGUUGCAGAGGACUGGCUUGAGAAGUUCAGCCCUUGGGAAAUCGUCAGGCAUGAUGUAGUCUUCCCUGUCAGAUUUUUCGGCAAUGUGGAGAUCAAUCCGGAUGGAUCAAGGAAGUGGGUAGGCGGUGAUGUUGUACAAGCUCUUGCUUAUGACGUGCCAAUCCCAGGAUAUAAAACGAAGAACACAAUCAGUCUCCGUCUCUGGGAAGCAAAAGUUAGAGCAGAAGACCUUGACCUUUUUCAGUUCAACGAAGGAGAAUACGAAUUGGCUGCACAGCUACGUUCUCGAGCUCAACAGAUCUGCACUGUGUUAUACCCAGGAGAUGCUACUGAAAACGGGAAGCUAUUACGAUUGAAACAGCAGUUCUUUCUCUGUAGUGCUUCGCUUCAGGAUAUAAUAUCAAGAUUUAACGAGAGGAGCACGGAAGGCAGCCGGAAAUGGUCAGAGUUUCCAAGUAAAGUUGCUGUUCAAAUGAAUGACACACACCCAACUCUUGCAAUCCCUGAGCUCAUGCGAUUGGUAAUGGAUGAAAAUGGACUUGGAUGGGAUGAAGCUUGGGAUGUGACAUCACGGACCGUUGGUUACACCAAUCACACCGUCCUUCCUGAGGCCUUGGAGAAAUGGUCACAAUCUUUGAUGCGGAAGCUUCUUCCUCGUCAUAUGGAGAUCAUAGAAGAGAUCGACAAGAGGUUUGUGCAAACCAUUCGCAACACCCGUGUAGAUCUUGAGGAUAAGCUUUCAACUUUGAGCAUCUUAGAUAACAAUCCGCAGAAGCCAGUCGUGAGAAUGGCUAACUUAUGUGUUGUGUCCUCGCACACAGUGAAUGGCGUUGCUCAGUUACACAGUGAUAUCUUAAAGGCUGAGUUAUUUGUAGACUAUGUCUCUAUUUGGCCAAAUAAAUUUCAAAACAAGACUAAUGGCAUCACACCUCGAAGGUGGCUUCGUUUCUGCAGCCCUGAGCUCAGUGAUAUAAUCACAAAGUGGUUGAAGACUGACAAAUGGAUCACCGAUCUUGACCUACUAACUGGUCUUCGGCAGUUUGCGGACAAUGAAGAACUCCAAUCUGAGUGGGCUUCUGCAAAGGCGGCCAAUAAGCAACGAUUGACUCAGUAUAUAGAGCGUGUGACUGGUGUGAGUAUUGAUCCAAACAGCUUGUUUGACAUCCAAGUUAAGCGUAUCCACGAAUACAAGAGGCAGCUCAUGAACAUUCUUGGAGUGAUAUACAGGUUCAAGAAACUAAAGGAGAUGAAGCCUGAGGAAAGGAAGAAAACAGUUCCCCGCACUGUCAUGAUUGGGGGUAAAGCCUUUGCAACCUAUACAAAUGCAAAACGGAUAGUGAAGCUAGUGAAUGAUGUAGGCGACGUUGUGAACAGUGAUCCAGAGGUCAACGAAUACCUGAAGGUGGUAUUUGUUCCAAACUACAAUGUCACUGUAGCGGAGAUUCUUAUACCUGGAAGUGAGCUAUCUCAGCACAUCAGCACAGCAGGCAUGGAGGCAAGUGGUACCAGCAAUAUGAAAUUCGCUCUCAACGGUUGCCUUAUCAUAGGAACGCUUGAUGGGGCAAAUGUUGAGAUAAGAGAGGAGAUUGGCGAAGAAAAUUUCUUUCUUUUUGGUGCAACAGCUGACCAGGUCCCUCGACUGCGUAAAGAAAGAGAAGACGGACUGUUCAAACCCGAUCCUCGGUUUGAAGAGGCGAAGCAGUUUGCUAAAAGUGGAGUGUUUGGUAGCUACGAUUACGGUCCGCUCCUGGAUUCUCUUGAAGGUAACACAGGCUAUGGUCGUGGUGACUACUUCCUGGUUGGGUAUGACUUUGCGAGCUACAUGGAUGCUCAGGCCGAAGUUGAUGAAGCUUACAAGGACCGGAAGAAGUGGCUGAUGAUGUCGAUAUUGAGCACAGCCGGAUCGGGAAAAUUCAGCAGUGACCGUACAAUAGCUCAGUAUGCCAAAGAGAUUUGGAACAUUGAGGCCUGUCCUGUUCCCUAA